AUGUUUGCAGCAUUCUUGGUCUUUGAAUUUUGUGUUGGUGUUUUUUGGCCAGCAAUGGCAACAAUGCGCAGUAAAUAUGUGCCCGAAGAAGCUCGUGCUACUGUAAUGAAUUAUUUUCGAAUUCCAUUAAAUUUAAUUGUGGUUAUAAUUCUUCUUAAAGAUUUUCAUUUAAAAGUUAUUUUUAUGAGUUGUGUAUUCUUUUUGGUUCUUGCUGGUAUUAGUAUGGUUUUAUUACAUAAAUUAACAUUAAAUAUUAAACCAGCAUCAGCCGCUGCUAAUGUAUUAACUGUUGUACAACAUGGUAUAAAAUCAGCACAAGUUGAAAGUACUGAUGAAAAUCAAUCAACUGCUUAA